UGUUGUGGUUGUGUCAGGCGAGGCGAGGCACGUGUGGCGGGGAGCCUAACAAACCCCGUAAAACACUCCAGAAGAAGAAGACUAACAGUGCUCUGAGGCCGUGGUCCCAAAGCCUAACUAGCCCGUAAAACACUCCAGAAGAAGACUAACAGUGCUCUGAGGCCGUGGUCCCAAAGCCUAACUAGCCCCAUAAAACACUCCAGAAGAAGACUAACAGUGCUCUGAGGCCGUGGUCCCAAAGCCUAACUAGCCCGUAAAACACUCCAGAAGAAGAAGACUGACAGUGCUCUGAGGCCGUGGUCCCAAAGCCUAACUAACCCGUAAAACACUCCAGAAGAGGAUUAGGAGGAAGAGGAGGAGGACCUACAAAGCGAUAAGGGUUAAAAGAAGAAGAGUGAGAAGAGAGGAAGACGUCAAUGAAUGAAGAAAUGGAGACACUAACAAAAGAUAUGAAAGAGAAGGAGACAGAGGAGGAGGAGGACAACAACAACAACAACAACAAUGACAAAAACAAAGACAUACAAGGCGAGACCAUUGGCGGCGAUGGUGAUGGCAGCUUGUCCCUUCCAUCGGUCGAGGCGGUUGGGGUGCGGCACGCGAUGGCCCUGCUUGGGGUGGCCGGGGAGGUGCCGUUGGACGUGGCGCGCACCAUCCUGGCCGCACACUACCGCACCUUAAGGGCCACAAACUCCACAGGCCGUCAGCGUCUCACCGGGGGGUUCAUCCAGUGUCCGUCCUGCAGCACCCCUUGGAUCGCCGGCCUCUGCAAGCCUCGUCUCCUCGGCUGCCCACGGGACCCCAAGGCACAGCGCGGGAGGCUCCGACGCGUCCUUCGCCGCUCCAAAACUCACCCUGGGAAGCUCACGUCCUCGGAAAAGUCAAUUCUCGCGCGCUACCGAGGCCGCGGAAAUGUGAUUGAGGUCUCGUGUCUUGUCUGCCGGCAUAAGAAACAAGAGCUCUUCCCUUUACCUGAGAGAGCGAAGAAGGAGGAGGAGGAGGAGGAUGGGGGUAAGAGGAGUGUGAAGAAGAAGAAGAAGAGGAAGGGGAAGGAGAUCAACGCUGGUCUACACUUAUCCUCCUCCUCCUCCUCCUCUUCCACAGUAAAGAAGAAGAAGGGAAGUGCAAUUGAAGAGUCACCCAUCUUCACCACAUCAACCAGACCAGAGGGAGACACACACACAAACACCCACCCAUCCACAGAUACCCCGGGCAACCUCCCACGCCCCUCCCACAAGAACAACUCCUCCCACCCUCGCUUCAAGACCCGAACCAAAGUCCUGCUAGGCAAGGACGCCCCCGGAGCUACCCUGCAUAACCCUGCCUCAGCCCCUACCCCCGGCAAGGCUAGGGAGAGGAAGAAGGCUGUGGAGAACUUGAAAAGGGUGAUGAGUCGGGAGAAGGUCAAGAGUGAGGUGUGCGGCGAAAGGAACAGGAAUUCGCUCGGUAGUUUCUUGGAUUCGCUGUUUUGAGAAUGCGUUUGUGUGUGUGUGAGAGAGAGAGAGAGAGUGUGUGUGUGAGGGAUAGUGUGUGUGUGUGUGUGUGUGUGUGUGCGCAACCUAGCGGACUAAGUAUCCAUCUCUUGUAUGUUUGUAAAAAGAAAUAAUUUAAUACCAAACU